GGCAUAUAGAUAUAUCCUAGAAAAAUUCCACUAGCUAACCCAAAAGGCAAACAAAUGAUUAGAUACUAGAGAUUUAUUCAUCCUCGUAUGCUAUAUACUUAUUCUCCUAAGCAAUCAAGGCCUGUAAUACCGUAAGCAAAGGUGGAGAAAAAAAGAUCAACUGCGCAAAAUGGGUACCUUAUUCAGUAUAUAUCCUCAGCAACAUAGCCCCAGCUUUAUCUGAUUCAUAGCCGGUUGUUUUCAUCCCACCCACGCUGCACAGAAUGACCAACUGUGCGGCCUCCAUCCUCUCCAUCCCAUCUUUUAUUCCUCCUCCUUGUCUUUUUCUUCUUGUAUUUCCACGCAGAGCCAAAUACCUAUCAAUUAAGAGGCCAUCGCCCGGCCUUUUCCUUUCAACAUGCCUUCUUCACCACGCCAAAAGAACCUCGUUGCAUUUAAAACUCUGCUCCAACUUCCGCUAUUUGUAUGGAUUCUUCUCUACCGCCACGGCUAAAUAAACCAAACAAAACCCAUUUCUCCUCUCAAACAAAACCCACAGCUAAAUAAGAAGCCCUCGGCUCUAAUCUCUAGUCUCCAUAUUACCAACUACCAAAUUCGAACCUUAAUCCUGAUUUCUCUCUCUCCUGGUUGUCUAAAUUCUCUCCAGGAUCACAAAUUGAUGACUCGUUUAUCAUUUGGGUUCAGUGAUUGCUUCUGUUCAGUACCGUUACGUUGCCAACUUUGUUGUUCCGAACUUCCCAUGCAAUAUUCUGUGAUCUUUUUUCGCUCACUUGUAAAGUGAAUGAAACGCAUGCCGAAGACUUUUUGCCACCUUUCUCUUGCUCUUCAUGCUCUUACAGAAUCAUAUACCAAGGACCUUCCAAAUGACUUCAGGAAUAUAGAUUGAGAUCUCUGCCAGUAUAUUAUCUGCACCUUCAUUAAGCUUGCUUUGCUAUCUUAUGACGGUUGUAUAAAGAAGAGCCCAAGUUCAGUAGAAGGUCACUUCCGCGAAGCAAAACUCGUCUCCAAUCCUGGAAAUCAAGCUCGAUGGACCACUAAUGAAAUCGAAUUCGAAGCAUGUAUGGGUGCCCGGGCCAAUAAUCGUAGGUGCCGGACCUUCGGGCCUGGCUGCUUCAGCAUGCCUCAAAAAGAAAGGUGUCCCUUCCUUAAUACUUGAGAAAGAAGGUUGCAUAGCCUCAUCAUGGAAGCUUAGGACUUAUGAGCGCCUAAAGUUUCAUCUCCCCAAGCAGUUCUGUGAACUUCCUCUCAUGACUUUCCCACCAGACUUCCCGACCUACCCGACAAAACAGCAGUUCAUAAGCUACUUAGAAGCCUAUGCUGAGCACUUCUCAAUAAAGCCUUUGUUCGGAAUGAAGGUACGAUGCGCUGAGUAUGAUCCAAGCAUUGGGUUUUGGCGGGUCGAGGCCAAUGAUUUGGAAUUCAUAUGUCGAUGGCUUAUAGUCGCAACAGGGGAGAAUGCAGAGGCCAUAUUGCCAGAUAUCAGUGGGAUGUUGGAGUUUCAGGGGCAAGUCCUGCACACAAGUUUCUACAAGAAAGGAGAUGACUUCAGAGGGGAGAAGGUUCUGGUGGUGGGUUGUGGGAACUCAGGCAUGGAAGUUUGCUUGGACCUGUGUAUCAGUGAAGUUCAAGUCUCUAUGGUUGUUAGAGAUAAGUUGCACAUCUUGCCAAGGGAAAUACUAGGGAUUUCAACAUUUGGGCUGUCAAUGUGGCUGCUCAAAUGGUUUCCUAUGAAAUUGGUUGAUGCAUUCCUCCUCUUAUGCUCUUGGCUGAUACUUGGGGAUACAGAGAGAUACGGUCUCGCUCGACCUAAGAUAGGGCCCCUGAAACUAAAGAACACCACCGGAAAGACCCCAGUUCUUGAUGUUGGCACUCUCUCAAAAAUCAAAAGUGACCAAAUUAAGGUGGUUCCUGGUAUAAAGCGAUUUACAAAUAGAGGAGUAGAAUUUGUGGAUGGCAGACAGGAGGAUUACGACGUGGCCAUCCUAGCCACCGGCUAUAGAAGCAAUGUACCUUCAUGGCUCAAGGAGGAGGAGUUCUUUGAUAAAAAAGACGGUUUUCCGAGGAAUCCAUUUCCUGAUAGUUGGAAAGGGAAGAACGGGCUCUACGCGACGGGGUUCACCAGGAGAGGAUUGUUGGGAUCUUCCAUGGAUGCCCAUAGGAUAGCAGAGGACAUUGCCUGCCAAUGGAAUUCCAAGACCAAGCAUCUGCCUUUUGGAGCUGCAGAUAGCAGAAAAUAACUGAAGCUUUAAUUUAACUUCCAUCCCUCAUGCAGAAGUUCGAAAAGUCUAUUUUAUCUUAUGGUCCUUACCUUUCUGUUUUUUAGAUGAUGUACUUCUGGAAUUGCACAGAAGUAACCAAAAAUAACUACUUAUUUGCAUGGAGAUCAUCACAAAUAGUUGUAACUAAGCUUUGAUCUA